UUGAUUUUAUUGUCACCAAAUAAUACUUUGCUGGCUUCAUAUAAACAAUUUCGGUGAUUGAAAUGGAAACAAUAUUAAAUACGCAGUUCGAGCAGCUGCAAAAGGCCAUCGAUGAUAUAAUGGAGGCAAAGAGCAAAGGACUGUCUUCGGACGAAGGACGCACCGCUGCCACUUUGAUGUUCGUGGCGCUGAAGCACGCCAACCGCGAUGUAAAGCACAAGAUAAAGGCUGGACGAGAUAAGCUGCACCUGGAGAAGUGCAAAGUGGACCUGAGUCGGCUGCAGCUGCAAAACUUAUUGUACGAAGUGAGCCAUUUGAAGAAGGAGAUUGUGCGCUGUCAGAAGUUUAAGAGUCGGGAUACCAAUCUUGAGCUUCUUUCGGAGGCCGAGUAUGCCAGCAAGUUACCGGACAUGGCCAACAAAAAGGAGGAGUUGUCCAGUCACAAGCAGCACCUGCAUCGCUUGGACUGCGAGCUUCGCUUGCGGAAGGAUCUUGACAAGCAGUACAGCGCCCUUUUGACGUCCAAACAGGAACUGCUUCAGGACAAUCUUAACCACGCCCAAAGGUACAUCUCAUUCGCGCCUGCCCUGCGAACGUUGCUGGGUGCAACAAAGCCGUUGCACGAUGCCCUCCAGUUGUCCCUCGACGUGGAGUGGAAGCUAAGCGCCGUGGUCAAGUACUUGCCCAAGCCCCUCUACGUAUUGUUCAUUAACCUGCAAUCCCUGCAACGAUCAUGCGAGGACCUAGCCUACACCGCUGAGGUAGUGGGCUACGAGAGCGAGGCUCAAAUGCAAGAGUUGCUUAAGGAAAAGCAGUAUGCAACAUUGCACCCUGAAAAGGAAAUUGAAUCGCGAAAGAAUCCCAUAGAAAAAAGUUUGGAAGAUACACUGGCCCCCCAUCCAUUGCACAUUCGCUUAACGAUUGGUACAGCCGGAGCCAACCAGCUUACCCUGCAGAUUCGUUAUUUCGACUUGAUGAAAUGUGUUACUGUUUGGGGCCAUUUUGACUCUUCCAGCAAUGUCAAUAGCCAGUGUGAUACCAAUUUUGUCCAUCACCUUUUGCAACAUUUGUAUGCCAAUGACUUCGGAAAUGAAAUACCCAUUCCGGGAAUUAAUUACGAGCUUCGUAAUUUUGACUUAACCGCUGAAGAAUGCUUGCGCUUUCUGAAAGCCAAAGACUUUGGAAAACCUUUCUGUUGGCUGCAAAGUAUGUGCUCCAUUGCAACCGUCAACAGUUCUAUGCUUUACAAUCUCGAACUAAACUUGACAAAGAACACUAGGGAGAUUAUUCUUCGCAUUGCCAGGCGCUGGAACUCUUGGUUGCGUUUAAGCCAGCAAAUUCGGGGGCUGACAUACAAGGACAUUGAUUUGUCAACCGUCAAAGAAAACAAAUAUCCUGCCGGCCUAUCAUGCAGCCUCGUCCAAUGGACUGCCAUUACUCACGAGGAAUUUUACUCGCAGAUCUCCGAUGUGUUAAAAAUUCCAUCGGACGACCAGGGUAAAACAUACAACUCUUACCGCGCCGUAAUCGUCAGGGGCUCCGCUAAGAUGGAGUGUUUCAUCAGAAUACCUAGUAAUUACCCAAUGGAAAUGCCUCUUUGGAUUCUUAACGUGCACUGGAACGGCUGUCACACCUCGCAAAAUAACUCGGCCAUUAAGAUGAUGGAGUUUUGGACCAACUCGCUGCAGCCCAAACAGCUAGAGGCCAAUGAACGCUUCUUGUAUUCCCAACUUUUCCGCACCAUCUACAGCUUCGAUAUAUUCCUCGAAACAGAGGGCUCUAUGCAAAGUACCGUCGAGUACAAUAAGGAAAAACCCUACAUAAGUGCUUUUGCCAAGCGAUGCCGUUCGCGACCGUACAAAUAUAUUAAAAAGGGAUCGGUGUACGCCUUUAAGCAGUGAAGGUUUCAACUCCCGUUUUAAAAAAAUCCUCAAUGCACUUACUAAACAUUUUAGAGCUUCAGUUUAUUACUUUUAGUAAUACAAUAAAUAAGUAACAUUUAAA